AUGCUUUUAUUUCCGCACCAUCUACACUAUGUGGCCGGAGAACAGGUCUUCGUCGGCGGACUGCCGCGCCAUUCGACUUCAAAGGAUAUCUGGUCCGCUCUGCAGCGCCACACGCCAUCGGUGACAGAGGUUCACCUCGUACUUGAGGCUAACGAGAGUGGCAGUAGCAAAGAUGUUUACCGAAUCUCGGAUGUUCAAGUGUCUGCUGACGCCCCGACAGGGUUUCAUAAUGAGCCUUUAACUCAAGAAUCCUGUCCGUCCAGAUUCGAUAGGGCGAGUAGACGUCUUGCAGAGCUGAGCUGUCGGUGCUGUACUGAAACGGAAGUGCCGCAGGCCGACUGCAAUCAGUCAACAGGCAGGCCAGGCGGAGCCGAGUUUGGCCUACUCCUCUCUCGCAUUGAGACGAAAAACAAUAUUAGGCUCAUCAACAAAACCAGACGAGUGUCCGAUCUUGCGCAAUCGUAG